AUGGGGAGGAAGAACGAGUCAUGUUCUGAAGAAGGGGGCGUGCCCCGGAAACGCGUCGACACCUCACACACCGGCCUACAGGGCAUGUCACACGGAUUUCUCAUUGUUCCGUUUUGUUCAUUGUCCCACGGCUUGUUCACAUGCUACUCUUCGAUGGCGUCUACUGAUCUGAGGAAGGAUCUGGAAUGUUCCAUCUGUCUGAACAUUUAUAAGGAUCCGGUAAAUCUGAAUUGUGGACACAGCUUCUGCCGGGAUUGUAUUGGUCGUGCGUUGGAUACACAGGAGGAGUUUGGGAGGUAUUCUUGUCCUCAUUGUAGAAAAAAAUUCAGGAACCGUCCUGCACUUCAAAAGAACUUUACUCUGUGUAAAAUAUUGGAGACCCUCCAGACUACAGAGCAUGAACUGGGCGAAACCGAAAUCUUCUGUUCUUACUGUAUUCACAUUCCUGUACCUGCUGUAAAAUCCUGUCUGCAUUGUGAAGCUUCUCUGUGUGACAACCACCUCAGAGUCCAUAGCAAGUCACCAGAACACGUCUUAUGUGACCCCACCACUUCCCUGGAGAACAGGAAAUGCUCCAUCCAUAAGAAGAUCCUGGAGUAUUACUGCACUGAGGACUCUGCCUGUAUCUGUGUGUCCUGCAGGCUGGAUGGAGAACAUCGAGGACAUCAGGUGGAGACUCUGGAUAAGGUCUCAGAGAAGAAGAAGAAGAAAAUGAGAAAUGUUCUGCAGAAACUGAUGACAGAGAGAGAGGAGACAGAGAAAAGAGUCCAGAGUCUGGAGGAACACAGGAGGAAAGUACAAGGAGAAGCAGCUGGUGAAACAGAGAAAGUCACUGCCCUGCUCAGAGACCUCAGGAGACGUCUGGAAGACCUGGAGAAGAGAGUCCUGAGUGAGAUCUCUGGGCAAGAAGAGCGGAUCUCACUCUACUUGUCGGAUAUGAUCCGGGAGUUGGAAAUAAAGAAGGAUGAGCUGUCCAGGAAGAUGUGUCACAUUGAGGAGCUGUGUAACAUGACGGAUCCACUGACUGUCCUACAGGAAUCAGACACAGGUGACUUAUGUGAUACUGAUGAUGGAGAUGAUGAGGACAGAGAGAGACAUGAUAAACUCCUCCAUGAGGGAGGGGAUCUGGAUGUGGCUGGGAUCUCACACACAUUACACACAGUUAUAUCUGAUAUCAUGUCUGGGGUAAUUGUACAGAAAUGUCCAGGCACACAUGUCUAUCCACAUUCUGGCACAGGGGACAAAGUUCCCACUGUACAACGCUCAUAUCACUGGGCUGGAAGAGCAAAUAUCUGGGCUGUACAGCAAACAUCGGGGGUGUUGGGGGUUACAGACAUAUUACUGGAUGUGAACACAGCUGGUAAUUAUCUACAUAUUUUAGAUAACAGGAAAACUGCAUCCUGGUCAUUAAAUAGCCAGAAUCGUCCAGAAAAUCCAGAGAGCGUCCUGGAACCUCAGGUGAUUAGCAGUCAGAGUUUCUGGGAAGUAGCCAUCGUCAAUCACGAUGAACGAUGCCUACCGCCGCACGACGACCCGUCUGAACCCGAGGAAGACUCACCGCACAAUGAGAUCUCCGGCCAGAAUUUAAUCAAGUGGGCAGAGCGACCCGGAAAGUCAUGA